GGGCCAGCCAGGCAUCCGAUUCCUAAGGGGUUCCUCCGGGGAUGACGUACUUGCCUUAAAAAGUGCAGAGAGAAAAACACUCUGCUGUAUUGAUUCCAUGUGGACUGGACUCGAAGAGAAAUGUCAAAGUCCGGCCAAAGGCCCCCUUAGAUCAUCCGCUUGACAUAACCGUCUUUGUCCGCUGUGGUUUCAUCACAUGGUCCUGGGAAAAGGAUUGUAAACGCCAGCCGUGGAGAAUUAAGCGCUCCGAAGGACGCUGCACGUCAACAAAGCUCUCUGUACGGGCUGAUCUCUUUACCUUCAAUGGCAUCUAUAACUCAGGAAGACAUUCAUAAGUUUCGCCGGGACGGGUUCCUCGUCCUCGAACAGUUUUUCAGCCCCGAAGAGUGCGACGCCAUGAGGGCCCAGAUCCAAAAGAUCGUUGCCGACAUGGACGUGCCGCCGCACUGCCGCACGGAGUUUUCGACCAAGGAGGAGGAGCAGCUGCAGGCGCAGGGCAGCGCGGAAUAUUUCCUGACCAGCGGAGACCAGAUCCGGUUCUUUUUUGAAAAAGGUGUUUUUGAUUACAAAGGGGAUUUCCUUGUUCCGAAGGAAAAAUCCGUCUGCAAAAUUGGCCACGCAUUGCACGCCUACGAUCCCCUCUUCAAGCGAGUCACUCACGCCGCCCAAGUGCAGGAACUGGCAAGAAAAAUUGGCCUUGAACAUCCCGUGGUGGUGCAGAGCAUGUACAUCUUCAAACAACCUGGCAUUGGUGGUGAAGUGACUCCACAUCAGGAUGCCACGUUUCUACACACCAACCCUCUGGGCAGGAUUGUGGGUCUCUGGAUAGCCCUGGAAAACGCCACGCAAGAGAACGGUUGCUUGUGGUUCAUUCCUGGCUCUCAUACAAGUGGGAUCACUCGGCGCAUGGUCCGAACUCCCCCGGGGACGGUACCGUGCACCACAUUUGUGGGCUGUGAGCGGGAGUACGAGGACAACCGAUUCAUUCCUGUCCCGGUUGGGAAAGGUGGCACGGUGCUGAUUCAUGGCGAGGUUGUCCAUAAAAGUGAACCCAACUACUCGGAAAGGUCCCGCCACGCCUACACCUUCCACCUGAUGGAGGCCAAGGACGCGACGUGGAGCAGAGAAAACUGGCUUCAGCCAACUCCUGUCUUACCCUUCCCUCCUCUGUACACACACCACUAACGGCUGGAGUCCGACCGGUUGGUUGCCCGUCGCAUGUCUUGGGAGCUGCCAUUAGCUGCUUUUGUUUUUGGAUCCAAGUUUCUAGUCCUGAAGAUUCUGCUUUGCGGGGCUGGGAGGACAAGACCCGGUAUAGUGUGCUGUAGUGGUUAUACUGUUAAACUGCGACUGAGGAGGCCUGGGUUUGAAUCGCCGCUCAGCCAUGCUUGAGUUGGGGCAAACCACUUCCCAAAGAUGAACAGAGGGGUCGAGCUCCUUACGACGGGGUUCCCCACUCGUUGGUUUGUUUAUUUUUAGCUGCUGGGCAAAUUUGGAGUUUUGACAAGGUGUCGUGGGCGCUCUCACAAAAUGGCUGCCACAGCGAGGGCGACUGAUCACAAACAUUCAUUUCCCACCAAGCACAGUGGUGAAACUACAGAAAAGUAAUAUAUCCCAGAUCCUACCUCUGCCUUGUAACUCAUGCCUGUUAUUUCCUCACACCCCACACGUAAACUGUCACGUCUUAAUACCUACAGGUACUCUAAUUAAAAAUAAU